AUAAGGCAAGGGGGAAGGAACGAAGGAGGGACAGAGGGAAGGAGCGGGGAAGGUAGCUGAAGCUGGACUAGAGCUUCAACUCGAGGAUAGGACAUAGCGCGAAGACGAGGCGCAAGAAUACGGUACUGCACGAGACAACACAAGGCCGCACAGCUCAUAAGCUUCGAGUCGAGACGAAAGGGCCGGCGCACGCAGCGGAUGCAGAUAUACCCCAAGCCCAGCACGACUUCACGCGAACGAAUUGCACGGAAGAGAGACGCAUACACCUCGCGCUACACGCUCUGCGGGACGCAAGGGAGGAGCAGAUAUACAGAUAAGCACACACAACGCCCACCAUGGCACCCUCACGCACCACCACCUCUCACGCACCACCAUCCUCCACUACAUCCAUAAAACCCACCAGAGCGACUCCGUCACCCGCCCCCCGAGCACCACAACCAACGCAGGCUCAACUCCUCGUCGCCCUCUCCCCCGCCGCAACCAGCGCCCUCAUCCGACGCACCCUUCACCCCACCGCCUCAAAAGACACUCCCCUCUCGUCCCUCCUCAAACCUCUCACGGGAGACAAGGAUGUGGAUUUUGAGAUAUAUGCCCUGCUGGCGGUGGUGAUGCGGGAGUUUGUGGUGAAGUGGUAUGGAAACAUAACAGGGGAUCCCGGGUUUGUGGGGGAGAUUGGAGAGUUAGUGGAAGGGGUUGUGAGGAAGGGCUGGGGGAGGCUCGGGGAGAGGAGGAGGGAUAAUGGGGGAUGGGGAGGGGUGGUUGUUGAGGUUGGGGGAGUUGUGGGAGAAGUAGGGAGGGGGCAUGUUGAUGCAUACUGCACCGCCCACACAAGCCGCCUCCCACCCCCUUAUGCCGCCUCACCCCGCCAGAUAUACCACGCCCUCCACCCUCACCCCGCGCUCUCACCCGUCCCCGACCCGACCGACCCUGCGAGUAUCGAACUCCAAUCCUCCAACGACGCCGCCUACCGCGAGCUCCUCGCCCAGCGCUUACUACACACCCUCCUCCCGCCCACUGAGCGCCACAACCCCGCGCUCAUGGCCCUCGUCGGCUCCAUCCUCGCCGAUCUCGUGAUUGAGAAGGCAGUGGAGAGGGCGUGCGAGCCGGGGGUUAUAUGGGAGGGGAUCGCAAAGGUGGCAGAGGGUGUUGCGGCGUGGGGGAAGAGCGCGAGAAGGGUUGAUAGGGACGACGACGGGACGAAGAGGAACGGGGGGUGGCAGGCGACGUUUUGGAUGGUGCUUCAGUUCGCUUUCCUCUCUUUCGCUGUUGUGCGCGCUCUUGUCAUUGCAGUCGCGACUUCGUCGUCGUUGCCGCGUCGUGGGGUUCGGUUGUCGAAAUCGACGAUAGAGCCGACGACGGCGACAGGGCCGACGCCGGUGCUUGGGAUGAAGAUGUGGGGUUUCCUGGCAAAACAGGUCGAACUCGAGGAGCGGAUGCCAUGGGCAUAUGGAGUGCUCGCGCUGGGGCAGUGGGUAAUGCUGUAUGGGCAUGGAAGGGUGGGGGCGGUCGAUGGAGUGGUUGACAGGUAUGUGCGAUCGUUCUGUUCUAUCCUGCCCACGUUUUUCAUCUGUUCUAUUCCCGCAGCGGACCGUGCGUUUAUCGUGCGUAUGCAAAUCUGCCGAAGGCGCGAAGAAACCAAGCGAAGGAGAAUUGAUCUUCUUACCUCCGAUCCGAAAUGAAUAUUGCCAAGCCAAUAUUUUGGUGGUGUUUGGGCGAAUGGGAGGCUGUUUCCUAGCUGGGAACGAAUGCGUGUUUUUGG